CGUCUAGUAUUACAAGACAGUGAACAUCAUGCGGCACUGAUUAAAUUAGGUUAUGUUUAUUAUCCAAAACGUAGGAAAGACAGAUCUAAUAUUUUUUUUAUUAAUAUACGUUAAACCUAUAUCUUAUGAGCUCGCAUGUAUCCUUAUAUGAGUGUAUUUUUUCUACAGAAAAUUUUACAGACAAUUAUUAAGAAUAAAGCUUGUAAACGUUGAUAGCUUAAUAUACAAUAUACACACAACUAACACACGCUAUGGAUGAAAUCGAAUAUAAAUUAAAAUCACGAGACCCCACUUUGAUAUCACAUAUAGCAGAAUUUAAAUUGCUCUCCUCUAAAUGCAACAGCAAUGAUUCUAUAGUCAGUACAUCUGCAUGCCAAGCAUUGAUUGUGCUUGUUGAAACUGGAUUAUGGGAUGUCAAAUCUGCAUUAGCAAGUUUUAUGGCAUGUCUGUCUUCUUCAAAAAAUUAUCAAGCAAUUACUAUAGCUGUGAGUCAAUUGUUGAUAUUGGAUUGGAAAAUGCAGGAUAAACGCAACGAAUAUACUCUUCAAAUACCUACUCAGCACCCAUUUAUCACAAUCCUGAAUCAGGAGAAGCUCAGCUGGAGAUCUGUAUUGAAUCAAAUGAAACUCAUCAUGCAUCAUGAUAAACAUGUGAUGGAACAAAGCAUAAAGCUGUUACGACCUGUAUUCAUGUACAUAUUAUGCAAUCCUUCCAUAGAUUUAUGUGAAAGUUGCAAGCAUGAAACGUGGCAACUUCUAAUCAAAUCUAGCAACACUUUGGAUUUACAAGCAGAGAUUUUACUCUGGUUGUGUACGAAUCGGAUAGAUACUUGCGUCGAUGCGAAUUGUCGAGUGCUCGAGCUUGCACAAGUAUCGUUGCUGAAAGAAAAUAAAGAGUAUUGCUCGGCUUUGAUACCUUUAAUCGCAUCUUUGACAAUACAGCUUUUGGAAUAUGGGCAUGAACCAAUGCAAAAUUUUUAUGCGAUAUUAAAUCUGAUCGAAUGGUCGUAUGAUAGUAUAGGAAAUGUCACAAUAGCUAUGAUGAUGGAAAUAAUCUUGGUAUGCCCUGCAGCUUAUUUACUCAACGCUCUUCAGAUAUGUACUAUCAUUGUGGACAAAAUGCCGUGCAGUGUCAUAUUAUUAAAUGCGUUAGCUGCAUCCUUAUUAAAAUGGCUGGCUUAUCCAUCACUAUUAUGCUCUGAUGCAUUAGGGGAAGCAAAAGAAUUAUUAAUUAGAAUGUCACAAAAACAAACGGGCAAUAGUGAUGGUAUUGUUUCAAACAAAAUGUUGCUCACAUUCAGCCACAGCAAUAGAUACAUCCAGUUUUAUACAGAAUUCAUUCGCAGUCUAUAUUCUCUAGAAAACAAUAUUCUUUCAUGGUUGGAAAACUUAUCACUCGCACCGAUUGAUCUGAGAUACAUGUGCAAACUUAUCUUGUGUGGAAUCUUCCUGUAUAGCAAUGAGCCUAUCGUUAUACAGAAAACCUGCGACAUUCUUGUACAAAUAGCGCGGGAGAUCAACUCCUUUUCGUCGCACGUUCUAUCUUUGUUAUUGCAUAAGUUAACCAAAUCUCACGACAGUUCUACCUUAAAAUAUCUGUUGUUAGCCAUCCCCGAGUUUGCCAUGUCUAAGGAGAACUUGCCAAUUGUCAUCCACACAUUGGACACGAUGUUGAAUAGUGGAAAACCACUAAAAUAUUUCGCGAUCCAACUCUAUACGAAGGCCUUGGAAAAGGAGCCGCGCUGCUACCGCUUUAUAUCCGCUGCUCUUAUGGAUACUAUGGAGACCGAUCACAGUUGGCAUUCGGAUGUGACGUGUGCUCAAACGAUCAAAUACAUCUGUGAAAAUCGACCCGAAGACGGCGAAGAACUUGUACCGCUGCUGUCGCAAAUCCUGAACCGAUGCGUCGAUUUAAACGGCGGUGCUGCUAGCGCACUCGCGCUCAACAGCAUCUCUGCCCUAUGCAAAUUUGCGGUGAUAGGCAUCUACUCCACCUGGCAGGUAUUAGCGCCAAAGAUGCGCAAGGAAAAACGCACUGUGGUUCUGGAGAGUCUGUGUGAGCUCUUUGCAGACAUUCCCUCGUAUCCAUUUCGCGCGAGCGACGAUUAUGAUAAAUUCAUCGUAGACAUUGUGACGCAUUUGUGGAGUUAUGCAAUUUGUGAAGAUACGAGGAUCGCAAAAGCGGCGUUCAAGGCUUUGAGAUCUUAUCAUUUGGAACGAGUUCCUCUAAGCACUUUGCCCUUAGACUUUCGGUCAGAUCUCAUAGUGUCCGGCGCUUAUCCAGAAAAGACGACUAAUGAAACUGACAAGUCUGAAAAUAUAUUGCAAUAUGUGCCGGGCACUUGUUGGAUCCAGAUGUUAAAGAAGAUGAAUACAAAUGUUUUAUCGGCAGCCGGGGAUCUUUUAAUUUUUUACAUCGAGGAUGAAUUGAGCGGCUUCAGAUCGCGAAUAUACACUUGGCCACAAGGAGAACCGUCCAACUACAAGUAUUUGCCGGAAAGAAGCGUAAUAAGGGCUGUCGGCGAAUAUCUGAGACGAGGCAACAAGGAAGAUCCGAGCAAUCAGAGAACCAUGGUGGAAUGUCUGCGUAUAUUCGCUUACAAGUAUAAAAAACCGUUACCAAACAUAAAGUGGGAUUUCUUGAAGGAAACUAUGCAAAUAUCGGAAGAGGCUAAAGAGUACAGUCUGUCCAUCAUGAGCCGUCACUGUCAAAUCUCUGCAUCGGCAAAAUUGCUCACGGAGAGUUUUUUAUCGAUGUACACAUCCGCAUCAGAAGCUGGUCAAUUGUUGCUAAAUGAAAAACAUUUAGUGCUUUACUCGAAUCUCGACGAGCUGUGUCAGGCUAUUCAGCCCAGUUCCUUGAAACAAUUUCUUGAGACUUCUCUCAAUUAUGUCAUUGAAAAAAUCUCACUCAAUGACGAAACAUCAGUCGAUUUGUUCAAUCAUAUUGUCUCUUCGUAUGCCACUGCUUUGAAAAGCAGCGUGAUACUUAUAGGAAAUCGCACGCUGUUGACUAGUAUGUUGGAAGAAAUAUUAGAAAAAAUCGAUUUAACAUCCAAAUAUUUCGAGAAAUAUCUUGCAGCCGUGAUGGAAUUAUUGGAUAAGGACAUCGAAAGAAUGACAUCACCUAGCAUUUGGUUCGAAGUGACGCCAAAAAAACUGAGGAACGCCAUUACUAUUAGAGCUGAAAUAUCGUUCAGGAAACUCAAUUCUAUCAACUCACCACUCAUUUGGCUAAAUGAACCUAUCGAUAUGGCUGCAUCUAAUCCUGAAAUGCAAAAAUUUUUGUUGGAAAAUAUACAAAGAGUACAAACUAAUUUGAGAUUAUUGAAAUCUUGUGACUUUGGAUCCCAAAAAAAUUGGAUUUUGGAUUUUAUGAAUCACAUUAACGCACUUAUAGUGGAGGAAUCAUAUGAAAAAAACAAUAUAAUUUUUUAUUGUGAUAUCUUAUUUGUCUCAAUCAUCUGUUUAUCUGGCAUGGAUUGCCUAUUGCCGAAAAGAGAAUUGUUAGCUAGUUCGCAAGAUGAGAGGAUAAGAAUGUUCCCACAGGCCAUUUCUGUGCUUAUUGACCGACAAAUAUGGAAGUCUGUAUCUUGUCAGAUUAUGAAAUGGCUGAAUCACAUGAGGACCAGUUCCGUACCUGAUGUGUAUAUAUCUGCGUUUCAAAGUGCAUUAAUCUUAUUAAGGCAUGAAGAAGACUAUAAUUUACAGUGGACAAACUAUUUGUCAGUCAAAACUUAUAUCCCCAUAUUUAAUUAAAGAAAAAAUGUAUAUAUAUAAAAUAUUUUUAUAUAAAAAAAAGAUUUCAUAUUGAAUUGAUUUACUUAUUACUCAGUCUUACAUUUCAUUAAUAAUAUUAAAUCCUAUAACUGUAACAAAUAAUCUAUA